AAUAUAAACAUAAAGAGAAAUGCAAAGCCGUCUUUGUCGAGUCAUGCCGGCCCGAACCGAAUUCAACCCGAAUCAAGUCGUUAUGGAUCAAAGAAGUCCAAUCGACAUCAGGAGUGUAAACCUGUUGAACCGGGUUGCGCAACAUUCACACUGUUGUUUCAAUAGUUGUUUUAUUUCAAGUUUAUAAUAUUAUAUUAAUAUAUCCAUCAUAUUAUAUUAAUAUGACGCUUUGGAGUGACGACCAAACAAUUUCGUUUAUGGAAAUGUAUCUUGAACGCAGUUUCUUGUGGGACCCAACUGAUUCACAAUACAAAAAUAGUAACAAAAGGUACGAUGGACUAACGAAAAUCGCUGUAUCUUUUGGCAUUGAGAAAUGCGAUUUGGAGAAAAAGAUGAAAAAAUUGCUAAGCCAGAUUUCCAGAGAAGAAAAUAAGGAGAAACAAUCUUUAAUAACUGGGAGUGGUGCAGAUGAUAAAUACACUAGCAAAUGGUUUGCAUACAAGAGUCUUCUAUUCUUGGCGGAUAAGAAAACGCCAAAAAACACUCAGGAUACAGAGGUGAGAUAGACUUCAAAUUCACUUUACACCGGUGUGUGCCGCCCGACUAGUCCACAUUUACGGAGGUAACAAGUCAAAUAUCGAUCUUGUCGAUCAACACGUGUGGAUCGACUUGGUCAAUCGGCAUAGUCUGGAUGCGGCUUUAGACCUCACUUCGCUCGGUCAAUUACAUUCAUUAAUGAAAUAACCUUUUUCAUAAUUUAAUGAAAAACAUCCAUGACUGAGAUCAGAUUUUUAUUCUCACUGCUCACGAACACCUGAAA